UGCCGCCUUACUUCGAGUCACAAUCGUUGGGACUCGGUGCUGGAAAUAAUGAUUUUCGCUUCUAUAUUAUGGAUUUUUUUCGCUUCCGUUCUGCAAUACGGAUCGAGUUAUAUCACGUAUAUAGAGGUUAGGUUGCCAUUGCCGGGUGAGAGAUCUCCACCUGGUUCGCCAUGGCCCAUGCCCAAACUGUGGUCACGAUCUGACAAGCUGCUUUCGAUAGACCCCAUGCAGUUUUAUCUGUCUUCGAAUGCCGCGGACUGUGAUGUCAUCGACAUGGCACUGAAACGAUACAAAAAGAUCGUACUGGACGGCGGCAAAGUGCACCCCUCGCUGCCUCGUUUGGAAGGACUGCAGGUCAAAGUGGAAGACGGAUACCUAUGUGGUUACCCGAAGCAUGGAGAAGACGAGUCCUACUUUCUGGAUGUUCCUGCUUCUGGGACAGCUCACUUACAUUCGAAAACCGUUUGGGGAGCUCUUAAAGGAUUAGAGACUUUCAGCCAGCUUGUGUUCCAGGAUACGAAUCACACUAUCUACAUAAACUCAACUAAAGUAGAAGAUGAACCACGAUAUAAAUACAGGGGAAUGCUUAUCGAUACAGCUCGUCAUUAUCAACCCAUGAAAACAUUGAAGAAAAACUUGGAUGCCAUGGCUUACAAUAAGUUUAAUGCUUUCCACUGGCAUUUGAUAGAUGACCAGUCUUUCCCACUGGAAAGCAAAAUAUUCCCCAAUCUUACGAAAUUGGGUGCCUACAGUCCUCGUCAUGUGUACACCCAUGACAAUAUCCGGGACAUUAUCCAGUAUGCUAGGCUCCGAGGCAUCAGAGUCAUUCCCGAACUGGACACUCCCGGGCAUACGCAGGCUCUCGGAAAAGCUUUUCCCUGGUUGCUCACCCCUUGCUUUGGAGAGGGACCAGACAAGCCGUAUACUCCAAAUUAUCCAGAACAUGCUGCAGCAGAAUUCCUGAACCCCAUGAUCAACGACACAUACCGCAUCUUCAAGAUACUCGUCGAGGAGGUGAAACAGGUGUUCCGAGACGAGUACAUUCAUUUGGGCAUGGACGAAGUGUACUACGCUUGUUGGAAAUCAAGCCCAGAAAUCAAAGAAUUUAUGAAGAAGCACAAUUACACGAGCAUCAAUCAAGUGGAACAGCAUUACGUGAAGAAGACCCUGAAGAACGUAAAGGAUACUGGAUACAAAUACAUUAUCUGGCAAGACCCGAUCGACAACGAUGUUCAGGCCGAACCCGAUUCCAUUGUCGAAGUGUGGAAGGAUACUUACCUCGACCAUAAGAUGGACAAAUGGGAGAACUACAUUGUGCCCAUAGCUCGCAAAGGUUACCAGAUCAUCCUUUCCGCCUGCUGGUACCUCAAUUACAUUUCCUACGGCCAGGACUGGAAGAAGUAUUAUGCUUGCGAUCCCCGAAAUUUUAAUGGCACGGAAGCAGAAAAGGAUCUGGUGAUUGGUGGAGAAGUGUGCAUGUGGGGCGAGUACGUGGAUGGCACCAACUUGUUGCCAAGACUGUGGCCCCGAGCGUCUGCAGUGGCCGAAAAGCUCUGGAGUCCAGCAUCGGCCACCCAAGAUGAGGAUAGCGCUGCUUUUAGGCUGGAUGAACACCGUUGCAGAAUGCUCAGGAGAGGAAUUCCUGCCCAACCAAUUUUGAACGGAUUCUGCGGAGAUUAUGAGUGGGAUUUGGAGGACGACUUGCCCGUAGAAGCACCAGAGCUAUAACUUUUGGAGACAGAAGUGAAAAGCUGUUGAAAGUGCAAGUGAACGAUACUAUUUCGGCAAGACGGACCAAGAAUGUAGAGUAAACGACAUCGUGUACAUAGAAAAUUUCAAUAAAGUGACUUUUGAAGGA